UUUUGAAAUAUGGUGAAGGGCAAACGGUGAUACAGCUCUACUUACUAGUGUACACUCCAUUUAUGUAUAUAACCUCAUAAGAGUGAAUGUAAAUCCAGAUUUUUAUAGAAUAUAUAGGAAGCCAGUCCUCUUAGAAUAUGGAAGCACCAUUAUCACCAAUCGAUGAGGAGGAACCCAUAUCUCCCAUAUGCCAAAUUUGUAAUGAACUUUAUAAAGAACCUAAAAUUCUUCCGUGUUCAGAUAGAUUUUGCAAAUCGUGUUUGGAAAAUAACUUCGAUUCUACAAGCGAAGAUAAUGAAUUUUGUUGUCCAACCUGUAAAACUAUGGUUCUCAUCCCCGCUGGUGGAAUCUCUGAGUUACCAUCAGCACCCCCUAACAGUGCAUCAACCAGGGGACCUUCGCGUCAUUUUACAUUUGAUGAAAAUAACGGCAUUGGGACUAAAGGGGUUUCGGGUGUAGACACCAGCUUCAGACCAUCUUUAGAUAUGCUUCGUUUCUCACUAGCAAAUUAUAGAAGCAGUUUGGAUUCCCUUACAAAAGAUUCUAAUAAAUAUCUAGAUACUCUAAAGGAAGCGUGUGAAAGUACCGAAACGUUGAUAAGUAAGCAGGCGGAAACGUUACACAGGAAUAUUGAGGACCAGAAAGACAAACUUAUUCGAGAAAUGACCCAGAAACGUGAGGAAGAAGAAAUUUCUAUCAAACAACACCUGUCUGAUCUGGUUGCCACAGAAAAACACAUGGCGACGACAACCGAAUUCAUGGAAAAUGUUGCUGCGUGUGCCAGUGAAGUCAAAUUUUCAGGGAUGUCCAUAACAAAGCAACAUACCAACCAAGGCAAUGCUGCUCUUCAUCUAAUGAUACCUAGCGGAGAGGAACACCUGAAAGUUAACGUUUCUACUGACGGAAAUCAUGCUGCUAAAAGUCUUGCUGUUAAAGAUAACCAUAGAUCAAUAAUGAUGCAUCCCCAUGGAGGUCCUCAUUCCAGAAAUGGCAAGAAGGGGGUUAGCUUUCACGUUAGAGAUACUAAGACAACAAAGACAGUUCCCACCAGGCGGAAAUCAAAAUCGUACGCCAUUAUUUUGGCUAGAUUUAAAACAGAUGAAUCGGUAACCGGAUUAGCAACCACUGUAGAUGACACGAUUGCAGUAACGACCUACUCUUCCAAAAGAUGUAGCAUAUAUACCCUAGAAGGAAAGCUAAUGCGUGAUAUCUACAAAGGCCUUAUUCAUCCGAUAUCUGUAACAUCCUUAGUUUCGGGGAAACUUCUUGUAGCUGACGCUGGUGAUGGAACUGAGAAUAUGGGUUUAAGAUUGUUCUACACGGACGGAGAACCAUUUCCCUCAAACUUAAACAUUUCUGUAGCUGCCUGGGGCAUGGCCGAGGCCGACCAUGGCGACCUUGUCGUUUGUCAUCCUGGAAAAGGAAAGGUUUGCCUCUACGAUCGAAAGGGAAGAAUGAAAAUGACACUAAAAUCUCUGGAUGGUAAAAAAUUAUUUGCUAAUCCUCGCUGUGUAUGCGUCAACAUUAACGGAGACAUCAUUGUUUCGGAUUUCGAACGUCAUUGCAUUGUAUUUUUUGAUUCUCGGGGUAAUUUCAAGUCUAGUUAUGGCUCGGAAGGUAAAAGUACGAGGCAACUUCAUCACCCAUGUGGUGUCUGCGCUGAUCGAGUUGGGAACGUCCUAAUAGCGGACAGUGAUAAUCAUAGGAUUUCUCUCCUGUCACCCGAUGGAAUUUUUAUAAAAUUCCUUCUCACCCAUCAUGAUGGUCUAGAUGAACCAGUUGCGGUGUGUUUGACAAAAGAUGACAAAUUGGUUGUAGGGGAGUGGUCAGGAAAAAUAACGGUGGCAAAGUAUGACAUCGCAGCAAAAGCACAAAGUAAAUAAAACGGUCGGAUCAUUUUAUAUUACCGGAAGGCUUCUAUAUGUGUUUGAAAAUAGUAAAACUGUAUUAUGGGACAAUCUCGUCUGUGGCUUACAAAUGCUAAACUAACAUUAUUUAAACUGCAAUAUCGUUACACUGAAUAAUUCAUGGGUUGCGUAAAUUAAUAAAAUGGUUAUUUUUA